AUGCACAAGAUUCCGAAAUUUAGGAUCUCCCGAUUAAUUCUCAUUGGCAACUUCCCGCGUGCCGACUCUCCCCAAAACGCUACAUACACCCGCCCGAUAAACGACGACGCGUGCCGGAUCCGAUUCCAACAGAGACUCGCCCCGAUUCUCCUCGCCUUGUCCCCGAAAUCCGCCUUCAGUAACGGUUUUCCCAUAAUACCCUUUGUUACGUACGAAGACGACGUGGUCCGUAGCGUGUCGGUUUUCAGAUGUAACGGUGCGGUUGUCGGCGAGAUGCUUGUAGAAGACGUCGAGGUCGAAGAAGAACGACACGUGGACGGCUCAGAUGCAUUGCCCGAACGAGAGUUUCGGAGGCGGCUGCGUUUCAAAAGGAUGCCGAAUCUGAUACAAACCGUAACGCGUAUUGUACCCAAUACGGAGGGUUUCGGGCUAGGGGAAGCUGAGUUUCAGCCCGAUACGAGUGUGUUGGUGCAACCGUACUUGCCUCCAAUGGUGGCGGGCCUCUCGCUGAUCGCACCGUACAUUGAGGAACGGGUUCAGGGCGGAACGAGGCCACGGGUCCUCUGUCUUGGGGUCGGCGGUGGGGCAUUGCUUACAUUCUUGAGGACCCAGUUGGGAUUCUUCGAUUUGUUGGGGGUGGAAAUGGACGAGAUGGUUUUGCAGGUGGCGAGGCGGUACUUCGGGCUGGUUGAAGAUGAAUAUGCCCGGGUUUGUGUCGGAGAUGGGAUUGAAGUGAUAAAGAGUUUCGCCCGGCAGGCUAUACACCGAAGUUUGGUGUACGGUGAACUAGCUCAGCAUGAGGUUGUAGAUUUUUGUGGUGAUCCAGAAAUUGUUGGCAAGAGGGUCCAAUUGAAGUGUAAUUUGGCACCUGGGGACUUAGACGCUGAUCUUUGGAUUCAAUGGGGUGGUGAUUUUCAUGGUGGUGAGAUUGAGGACAGAGAAAAUAGGCAAUGUCAAUGCCUAGAUAGUGUGGGGGCUGGGAUCCGAUUAAUAGGCCAUUUUGAUACUACUUGUAAUUUGGCAUCUGAUGAUUUUUGCAACUGGGAGAUUAGAAAUGCAGUAAUGGGGCUAUCGAACUGGGAUGGGUCAGUAGAAAAUUUCAAUGUCAGUCAUAAUUCAGCAUCCGGUGAUUUUUGUCUAGGUGGAACUGGAAAUGUAGAUAUGGUGCGGGGUCCACAAAAAGUCGGUUGUGGGUACUCGCUUAUUGAUGUGAUUAUGGUUGAUUUAGAUUCUAGCAAUGCUAGAACCAGGCUAAGUGCCCCUCCUCUGGAGUUCAUCAGGAAGCCAGUUAUUUUAGCUGCGAGAUUGGCUCUUAAUGAGUGUGGGAUUCUUGUGAUGAAUGUUCUCCCCACAGAUGAAUAUUUCUAUGAGGGCCUGAUUCAUUUGUUUCAAGAAGUUUUCUGUGAGUUGUAUGAAAUAGAUGCAGGAAAUGGUGAGAACUUUGUUCUUGUUGCCUCUGUCUCACCAAUUAGUAAAACUGGUAGUGAGGGUGGCAGUGCUAUCUUGGAGAAGUUGAAGCAGGUCAUUGAUGGUAAAUACGUCAAUUGUAUAAGGAAGAUUCCGAGCUAGAUUGUUAGUUGUUUCUUGAGGAGGUUUUGCAGUGGGAAAAUACUGGAAAAACCAAUUUUCCCUCAAGGGUUCCUUUGUAUCCCUUGAUUUUUUGAAGGGCCUAAAGAAUUUGUUUCCAAAGCCUUGGUUAAAAAUAAAAAUAAAAAUUGGAAAAGAAAAACGUGAAAGUUUUUGCCAAUUGCGACAAUAAAGAAACAAGUGGAAACUGUUUUCUUAAAAAAACGACAUUUCUCCUUUCCUACAGAAAACUUGAUCCUUAUUUCCACAGUUUUCAAAAGACAGAUUUCAGUUUUUGACCAUCGAACAUCACACAUUUCUUUGAAAAUUAUGGAAACUUAAACAAACAAUGUUUGUGGGUUCUUUUCCAUGAAUAUCCUUCUCCAUGGUCUUCUUUAGA